ACACUAGGGGGAAACAGGUGGGAGCCAAAUGGAGCAUGACAGACCACUGUAAUCUAUAGAUACAUAGCUACAUGGAUAUAAAGACUUGAAACAUUAAUCAAUCCUUAUAAUAUACUCAAAACUAACUAAACUAAAUUAACAAGAUGAAUGAAUUAAUGUAAGAACUUACUCAAAGACCAAUACCGAAAACCCUAAAGAAAGGCAUUAAAGCGCAAAUCAACAAAAUAGCUGUCUCUUAAAUGAGGACAUGACCAUAGAGGCACAUUAAACCACGUCGCCCUGUCUUCUGCACUUAGCUGCGUCACACACAGAUUAAUUCAGGACCUAAUGGUACCGUCGCAAUGGAGCCUGGGUUCAUUUAUCAAAGCAUUGGGCUGUGUGAGUAAUGGGAUUUCUAAAUAUGGCAUGUACACAGACCAUGACACGUUACAGGAGAACAAAACGUGUGAGAGAGAUUGAGAGAGAAAAAUCAGGGAGAUGAUUUGGUGGCGUGUGCAGAUCCGGAAUAUAAAACACUGAAGUCAGCACCCACCCCCCCCCACCUCAUCAGCAGCAGUAUGGGUCGACUCUGUGCUGCAUUUUGCCACCUCCCCCUCCCCACCAUUCGACAACCCUUCUCCCUCCUUUCGCUCUCUCUCUCUCUCUACCUCCUCUCACAGACAUCCCUGAAUCAGGCGGGCAGCUAGCAGCAGCAGAGGCUAUCCAGGGCUGCAAACUCUCUGCAUGAACAUGCCUGGAACAAAUGAAAGGCAGGGAAACGGCUAAGAGAGACUCUAAACCAAAGUAACUCUCGGCUGCCAAUGAGAGGAAAAGGAGGGUGUGGGUAGAAGAGGGGAAGCAAGAGCGAAAGGGGACAGGAGCAUGAGACAGUGAAGACUAAACGUGGACCCUGCUGUCAUACAAGACUGGGAAAACAUAAAGACACCAAGCAAUCAAAGCCACCUUCUGCUGCUCUAGAAAAAGGGGGAGCAGGAAAGAGAGGUCAGAACGGACAACGACAUGUUCAGAAAGUAAUGGAAGGGAUCAGACCAACCCACGCCACACCUGCCUCCAUGCCGACUAACCUGUUGCUCCUUCUUCUGUUCGGGGUGCGUGUGAUGGCCAUCUGCCCACCAAUGUGCACCUGUAGCAGAGGCCAUAGAGCUGUGGACUGCUCUGCACGAGGGUUGGCUAUACUUCCAGACAGCCUGCAGCACAACAUUCAUUUUCUCAACCUGUCACAUAACCGCCUCCAAGAUCUUGAUGGACUCCUCAACCAUUUUGACCAUUUAAGAACUCUGGACAUCUCAUACAACCAUCUGCACCACCUUCCUGUUGGUUUGCCAAGAGCACUUUGGGAUAUACGUGCCUCUGGAAACUACAUCCGUCAACUGGAGAAGAACGACACGGUCUACCACUGGAACCUUCAGAAUUUGGACUUGUCACACAACUUGCUGGAACGAGUGGUCUUAAUUAACAACACAUUGUCAAACCUCCAAUCUCUCAACCUUAGCCAUAACAAAUUUUGGACUGUGCCAACAAACAUGCCCCAUAAUUUGGAGAUGGUGGACCUCUCUCACAACUACUUGCUGCAGAUCUUGCCUGGCUCACUGGAACGCCUACCCAAACUGUCGAGAUUCUACCUGCAUGCUAAUCGUUUUACCUCACUGAGCGAGGGUGUCUUCGAUCAACUUGAUGGACUGCAGCUCCUCACACUUGGAGACAAUCCUUGGGCUUGUGAGGAUGAGGAGAAUAUAAACCAUCUGCUGACCUGGAUGCAACAGACUCCUGCAAAGAUCUUAGGCUGUCCCUGCUACACAAGACCCACAUGUGGAGAAGCCCACCUGGCCACUAGAAGAACCUGGCACUCGGCUGCAUUCACAGAGCCGCCCCUGGGUGCUGACGCUCGUCAUCCUGGCCAUCGAGCGCCAAUGCAGGUAGUUACAUCUGGGUACCUGUCCAAGUCAGCCCAGUUGAAUGUGGGUCAAUAUCCAAGCGCUGUUAAUACCUCUGGGCCAGGUGAGCAGGUACUGGUCAUGGGUGGGGGAUUUUUCACAUCAACUCCACAUAGCCUGUCCACACAGUCAAGCACAACAAUCCGAACACGUAGCACCAAGAAAGUCCUUCCAGGCAGAGCUCGCAGCACAAGCCAUCAAAUCCACAUAUGCAGCUUUGAAACCACCAUUUUGAGCUUUUUAUGUACAGUUGUCAUCCUUAGUGCUUGGUAAUUCUGCAUAACAUCUCUUGUACUAGAUCUGCUGCCUUGAUUCAGGAAAACAAAAAAAAUCCACAAAGAAUGCAAAAGGAGAGACUUACCUCUUAGGUUUCCAUUGUCACAGCGUUCUGGCUACCUUCUUUAGCAUUUUUCAACAUAUGCAAUCUCUGCCUGCUUACAAUAAACUUAGCACCUUCUACAUAAUGUGACUGAGUAUUGUAUGGCUUACACAUACCAACAUCUAGACAUGUGUACAAGUACACCACAAUUAGCAGUUUCUUAAUGUGGAAAAUUGAAUGUGCUUUCCAGUGUAAUGCUUGAGCACUGACAGAUUUGUGCAUUUCAUUGUUUAUAUUAUGUAUUAAAAGAAACACUUAAAGUGUAAA